AGAAAAACAAAAAACAACUCAGAAAGUUUCUAGCUUUUGUCUUGGAUGCAGCAGGUUGCAAGCUGUAAAUUCAUUGCCAACUUCAGACCAAUUAAACGAUUAAUGAAACUCCCUCUCUUUGGUCAAAAUCUUCCACACGAAUGUCCCACAUUGUUAGAAGCUACUCAUACUUCUUUUGUGUCAGUAACAAGGAUCUUUGUCCCUUAUAUAUUAAAAAAAAUUAAUAAAUAAAAUUGUAAAACCACUUAGGCUCUGAAAACCACAUCUAUACAUUGACUUCAUGCGUUACUCUAUUGACACAAGUAGACCAUUCACAGGCUUAAACAUUUUUUCAUUACUUCUCUUUAAAGAGUCACAUUACUUUCCGUCUUAGUUUUCGCUAUGUUAUUUACUCUCACUUGUGUUUGUCAACCCCUUUCGUCACUUUGUUCUUAUUUUCCAUAUAACUCCUCUUCAAUUAAGUCAGUCGGUUCUAAAGUUCCCUCCUUUACGCCGGAAGCCCGCGAGAGCGGUUAUCACAUCGAAAGGGGUUUGGAGUUUAGCACCGGAGACGCGUUUUUCCGGCAAGAGAGCGCCACCGGCCGAGACCUCGGCGUUCUGGCGGCGUCGCUGCACAAGAGGGACACCGGAAGGUUGCGAAUUUUGGAUGCGUUGUGUGGGUGCGGAAUUCGGUCGCUCCGGUACCUGGCGGAGGCGGGGGCGGAUUUUGUGGCGGCGAAUGAUGGGAACGAGGAGUAUGGAAGCACCAUUGUGGAGAAUUUGUCGAGGGUUUCGGGGGUGGAGGAUGGGAGGUGGGUGGUUACUCAUUUGGAGGCUAAUAGGGUUAUGAUGGAUUAUUAUUUGCAGAAAAGUUUCUUUGAUUUUAUUGAUGUGGAUUCUUUUGGGAGUGACUCUUCUUUUUUGAGGUCUGCCAUUUGUACUCUGAAAUUGGGUGGCUUGCUCUAUGUUACUUCCACUGAUGGCUUCUCAUCUGGUGGACACCGUCCUCACCAUUCUUUAGCUGCAUAUGGAGCUUAUGUGCGCCCUAUGCCGUAUUCGAAUGAGGUUGGUUUGAGAAUGCUUAUAGGUGGGGUUGCCAGGGAGGCUGCAUUGUUGGGGUAUCAUAUCACUCCCUUGUUCUCCUACUAUGCUUUUCAUGGACCUGUUUUUCGAGUCUUGCUCAGAUUGAACCGUGGGAAGAUUCAUGACAGUAGGCAUUAUGGUUAUAUUGGCUAUUGCCACCAGUGUGGAAAUUCCCAUGAAUUUUCUUGGGACCAACUUGGUCAGAUCAGUUGCUCCUGCAGUACGCCAAAGGUUUCAAACUCCCUGGUGGUGUCAGGACCUCUUUGGACAGGACCUCUUCAUGAUGGUGCCUAUCUUAUGGACAUGUUAAAUCUGGCCAAGCAGUGGGGAUGGAUAGGCUGUGAUGGUAAAGACAGCCUUGAAAAGCUUAUAAAAGUGAUGGUGGAUGAAAGUGAUCCCAAGUUGCCAUUUGGGUAUAUCAAGUUGGAUGAGAUGGCAAGCCGUGCAAAAAUCAAUUCUCCACCUCUGAAGACCUUGAUGAGCGCCAUGCACCAGAAGGGUUAUGCCGCCAGCAGGUCUCACAUAGAAACAAAUGCAAUUAAGACAAAUUGCCCCAUGACAGAAUGCAUUAAGAUUGCCAAAGAAUUAUUGAAGGUUUCUGUCGCUUAAUGAUUCUCUUGCUGUAAAACAGUACCAUCCGUCACAGCAAACUGUGAUUGGUUAAUGCUUAGAAGUUAGAAUAGAAGGUCAUGUCUAUUUUCAUUGCAAUUUUUGCAUCUGCAACCUAAUAUGUAAAUAUGGACAUGCCCUCAUAAUUAUUUGAUUAUUCAAUUGAUAAUGAAAUGAAUAUGCAUUAUGUAUGA